AAUCUGAGCUUGUCACACUGCUGAGAUCAGACCCGUAGAUUAGAAUGACUUGAAAGGAGGAGGUACAGCGACGUGCACGCGCAGCAGAAACAUGGCAGAGCUUGACGUGGACUCGCCGAUCGUUUGGGACUGGCGCACGCUAGCUGGGCUGGUCGUGGCGGUGUUAAUUGGUGCCGUGGCUACCGCUUCGGGUGUUGGUGGUGGAGCGAUUUACAUUCCACUCUUCAAUGCGCUCAUCGGUUUUGAGCUCAAGGCCAGCACGGCGCUUAGCCAGGCGUGCAUCACGGCCGGCAGCUUGGCGGCUCUUGGAUCCAAUCUUCAUCGCCGCCACCCGCUGCGGCCGGAGGCGUGGCACCUGGUGGAUUUCAGGCUGAUGCUGGUGCUGACGCCGGUGCUGCUGGUGGGGGUGGGCAUGGGCGUGCUCCUGAACGUGAUGCUGCCCUCCUGGCUACUGACGGCGCUGCUGCUGCUCCUGCUGCUGCUGCUCACCACACAGACCAUCAGCAAGGGUCGGGCGCUGUGGAUGAUUGAGACAGAUAAAAUGAAGCGGGCGGCCGACGCGACGGCGGCGGCGGAGGCAGAGGCGGCAGCAGCGGAGGCGGAGGCGGCGGAAAAGGAGUAUCAGCCGCAAUACACGCCCCCGCCUGUGAUUGGGGGCGUAGACGGGGGGUCGCGCAGCGAGGCAGAGGCGUUGAUCACAGCAGGCGGCGGCACCGGCAGCAGCAGCGGCAGUAGCAGCACGCUGGUGCCGGCGGGCAGUGGUGCUACUGCCGGCGCUGCUACAGCCGGCACCACCGUCAACAGCUCAAGCGCCACGCCCCCUAGCGGCGGCGGCGCCGCCCCUGGCGGCGCGCCCGCUGCCGCCACCGCCGCCCCUGCCGCCGGCGGCGGCCGCUGGCUCUCUUCGCCGCGCGGCGCCGGCACCCUGUUUGGACGGCUGGCGCGCUCUCUUGGCAGUAGCAGCCCUAUCAGCGGCGGCGGCGGUGGCCACCUGUCGGCGGCUGCUACUGCCGCGGCGGCGCGGCCGCUACAGCCUAUGGUCCGGCAGCGGCUGCGCAACCUGAACCGAGAGGAGGACGCCUCAUUGGGCAGCUUGGAGGGCAGCAUGCUGCUGCUUACAGAGGCAACCUUUGGCGGCUCCUCCCUGUCCACCUCAGCAGCUGGCGGCGGCGGCGGCGGCGGCGGCGGGCUGCUAGGGCGGUAUGGCGGCGGCAUCGUUGUCGGCUCUUCGACGGCCACCGCCUAUGCCUCCGCCGCCACCUCAGCUGCCUCCGACCAACCGCUACUGCAGUCCUCUCUUCGCCAACAACAACAGCAACAGCAACAGACUCAGAAUCAGGACUCUUGGGACUGCAUGGAGGGCCUGCCGCCGCCGGCGGCGCCGGUGCCAAUGCCGCGAGCCGACGCGCGCGCCGGCGGCGGCAGGGCGGGGCGCAGCUCCCGCCCCUCCCAGUUCGCGCCUCCUCCUGUGUCUUCAUCGGCUGCGGCUGCUGCUGCUGCUGCUGCGGCUGGGGGCGCAGGCGGCGGCUAUGCGCGGUCGCUGAGCACCGUUACCUCGUGGAGGGCCUUCAACGAGCUGGGUGUGGUGGACGAGGACGUGGAUGAGGAGCAGCUCGUCAGCGGAUCCCUCGCCAGCGGCACAGGUGGCCUCGGCGGCGGCGGCGGCGGCGCCGGCGGCGGCGCCGGUUCUCUGCACGCCACGCCCUUCGGCGUGUUCCGCGCUGCCUCCCCGUCCAGCUCCGUAACCGGCGUCGUAACUCCCGGCGGCGCCGCCAGCGCCGCCGCCAGCAGUGGCGGCGGCGGUGGCGGCAUGUUGGCGGCGCUGCUCCUGAUGCGCCCACCGACGCCAUCGCAGAGUGGCGGCAUCGCCACCGGUGGCGUUGCCGGUUUUAUUGGUGGCGGCGGCGCUGGCGGCGGCGGCGGCGCAGCGCGGCUGCAGCGGCGCAUGUCGUUCACUCCAGGCUCGCUGACGGAGAGGUCGGCGCUGCUCGGUGGUGGCGGCGGCAGCAGCGGUGGCGGCGUGGGCGGCGGCGACGGGAGCUGGCUGGAGCGCAGGGGUAAAUGGCGACAGAAGUUCCCACCCAGGGCGGUGCCGCGCGGCGCACUCCAUGAGAACGCAGCCGCAGCGGCCUUCGGUGCUGGCGGCGGCGGCGGCGGCGGCGGGCAGCCGAGGGCGCCGGGCCUCUCCCCCAUGCUGCCGCCGCCGCUGCCGCCGCGGCCGCCCUCGCGCCCUUCCAACGUCACCGCAACGCGCCAGCGCAGCCUGAGUCAGAGCCUGAGUCAGGCGUUCGGCCUCGGCGGCGGCGGUGGCGGCGGCAUCGAUCCGGAAUUGAAUCUGCCGCUGCUGUAUGCAUCCGAAGCCUCGGCGGGCCCAAUGGCGCCGCCGCCGCCACCGGCAGCGCUGACGUCAGCAGCAGCAAUAACAGCAACAGCUGACGCACAGCCGGGGCGCAGGUCGUCGGCGGGCGAAAGCUCGGCGGCAGUGGCGGCGGCAGCCGCCGCUGCCGCCAGCGACGCCGCUGCGGCCGCCUCCGCCGCCGCUGCUGAUGCACUAGCCGCCGCCGCCGGUGGUAGCGGCUUCUACCGGCCGCCGACGCCGCUGGAGACGCUGGCAGAGGAGGCGGACGAGGGGCGCCUGUCGUCUGGUGGCGCUGGUGGCGGCGGCGGCGGCGGCUCAAGCUCCGGCCACGUAGAUGCCGGCGGCGAUGCUACAGCCGCAGCUGCAGCCACGCGGUGCGCGACAGCUGCUGCUACAGCCGUGGCGGCGGCGGCGGCGGCGGCGAAUGGCGCGAGUGUGAGCCCUUUCAGCAACACCACCGCGGUCGCUUCCCCAACCACCACAACCACCGCCAUCUCAACCGCCGCCGCUGCCGCCAGUCCAACCGCCGCAACCGUCGCGACCGUUGGUGGCGCCGCGCGUUCCAAAUCUGACACCUCGGCGGUAGCGUCGCAGCAUAAGAGCCACCGUAGGCAGGGAUUGGGUCCCACCAAAACGCCAAAGUCGCCGUUUGUGCCUGUGUCCGCCCUCCAUCGCGAGUUGGAGCGGGCACGCAGCCAGGGCGGCGCCGGCGGCAGCGGCAGCGGCAGCGGCAGCAGCAACGGCACUGGGAGCAGCAGCGGCAGCGGCAGUGUGGGCGGCUCUGCCGCCUCCACACCUUGGCCUACGCCCGCGCCCUCUCCGGCCGUGGCGCUGCUACAGCCCGCGCAAGCCGCCGCCGAUGGCGCCGCCGUCGCCGCUGCUACAGCCCCAGCCGCCGCCGCCGCCGUCAACGCAGAUAGCGGCGGCGUCGCGGCCUCGGCGCAGCCGCCAGUGCUGCAGCCGCCAACGCAUGGUACGGCUGUAGCAGCGGCAGUGCCAGCGGCAGCUACAGCCGCCAUUGGCUCCAUUGCCCAGUCCGUCGCCCCCGCGUCGCCUGCUGCUGCGGUUGGUGCUACAGCCCCUCCUGCUGACGAGGAGCCCAUGCAACCGGCGAUCACGAUUGUGGUUCUUCCAUUGGACGAGCACCAACACCAGCACCAGCAGCGGCAGCAGCACCGGUCACAGCAGCAGCAGCAGCGGCAGCAGCAGCAGCAGCAGCAAGCACAACGUCCACGGCGGGAGGAGGAGGAGCGGGAGGACGAGCAUCAGCAGCCGCUGCUGCUACAGCCCGUGCGCUUCGUGCCAGACGGCAGCGGCGGCGCCGCCGCCCUCGCGCUGCCACCCACCCCGACCCAUGACAGCUACAACCAACCGCCAGCUGCUGCCACUGCCGCUGCUACUGCCGCGGAGGCCACAACUCCGCCGCCCUCCGCAACGCGCCAACGCGACGGCCGCGCGGUAGCUACAGCCGCCAAGCCCGCUGUGGCUGCUGCUACUGCUGCUACUGCCGCCGCCACCUCCUGGGGCGCCGAGGCUGUAGCAGUGCUUGGCCUCAUCCCGCUGGGCUGCGUGGGGGCGCUGAUGGCGGCGUGGGUGGCAUACCUGGGGCUGCAGGUGCUGCGGCGGGAGCAGCUGCGGUGUAGUCCAGGCUGGUGGUCACUGGUGGUCGCGCAGGUGGUGGCGAUGCUGGGCGUCAGUAUUGGCGCCGUGGCCGUAGCGCUGGCCGGACGCCGCCAGCAGCAGCGCCGGGCGCAGGCGCUGCUGGCAGAGUGGGAGCUGGCGGCGGCAGAGGCGGCGGAGGCGGCAGAGGCAGAGGCGGCGGAGGUGGAUGCAAGCGCGAGGGCGGGGCCUGCGGCGGCGGCGGCGACGGGGGCUGGUGGAGCGAGUGUGGGGGAGCAGCGGAACUGGGGGCCCCUGGCGCCGCCGCCGGCGUUGCCUGCGCCGCCGCUGCCGCCCCGGCCGCCGGCCCCUGCGCCACCCCCGCCGCCGCCACCGCCGUCGCCGCCCGUUCCCUCCGCGGCAGCUGCCACCCUGCCCGUAGCGGACGCCACCACUCCGACCGCCGCCGCCAACCCGGCCGUCGCCGCCACCCCGGCCGCCGACGCCAGCUCCCCAGCCGCUGCCAGCGUGGAUCUCACCGUCUCUGAUGACUCUGUCCACCACCACGCCAGGCCUGAUCCACAUCACGACCACGAUGACAACCACGACCUUCAUGAUCACGACCUCCGUGAUCACGAGCUUCAUGAUCACGACCUUGAUCACCACGACCUUCACAGCUCCCCCGCCGCCGCCGCCGCCGCCGCCGCCGACCCGUGGGCCGAGGGCGCGGCGGCGCUGGUGCUGACUGCGCCUGUUCGCACGCUGGCGGUCACCUUCCUGGCGGGUCUGGCGGGCGGUCUGCUGGGUCUGGGCGGCGGAAUGGUGAUGGGGCCGCUGCUGCUGCAGAUAGGCGUGCACCCGCAGGUCACAGCCGCCACCGCGGGCGCCAUGGUGCUUUUCUCCUCCUCCGCGGCACUGGCCCAGUUCGCGCUGAUGGGCAAACUGAACCGCGACUACGCGCUGCUGUUCGGGGCGGCGAGCCUGGUGGCGGGUCUGUGCGGCACACGCCUGGUGGCGGGGGCGGUGCGGCGCAGCGGGCGGCCGUCCCUGGUGGUUCUGGCGCUGGCGGGUGUGAUGGGGGCUGGGUGCCUGAGUGUGGGCGUGUUCGGACUCAAGCAGGCGGUGGAGGACCUGGAGGCGGGCAAGAUUGGCUUCACAGGCAUUUGCAUGGCGCGCUGAAGGAUGUGGAGGUUUGUGGGGUUUGUAAGGUUUGUAAGGGUUGUGAGGUUUGGGGUUUGGGUGGUAAGGUUGCUUGGGUGGGUUGGGAGGUUGGAAGUUGUUGGUUGGUUGGUUAGGAGGCGGGGGCGGGGAGGCCUGGGUUGAGCGGAGGCGAGGAGCGGGGAGUAGGUGUGUGAUGGGACAGGGUUCAAGGCAGGUUGGCGAGGUCCCGUAGGGUGCAGCUGAUGCCCAGACCCGUAAGCAGACGGCAAACAGUUUGCAGUGGCAGAGCAGAAGUGCAUGGCUGGUCGAACGCCGGCGUUACUGUACCGACAAGUUGCUGGCUGGCUGGAUGUUUGCUGAUGCGCAUUCCUCACGCUCCGGGCGCCCGGCCAGGCGAUAGCACCACACAGACAGACCGCAACGCCACACUCGCGAUGCAGAGCCGCGGCGCACCUGCAGGAAAGAUGACCAGCGUCCACGGAUGAGCACCAGAGGCAACCGCAGAGAAAAUGCAGACAGAAUGCAGCAAAGCAGUUGCCGGGCGACAGCGGGGAGUAGGUGUGCAGUGGGAGUGAUGGUGUAAACAGCUGUUGGGGUGUGUGCGAGUGGCAGUGCAGGUGUGUGUGUAGAAGCAGCAGGAGGGGGGCGGUGGCACGGUGGGGAACGUGAGGACGUGAUUUUGUUGUGGUGUGAGGUGUGCGUGGUGGUAACUACAAUGUUUGUGGCCCGCGUGUCAUUAGGCCCGCACUUGCUGCGGCGUCGAUUUUGCAAGCGAUGUAGGUUUGCACGAAACAUAAAGACGGCGGCAGGGUGCAGGUGUGGACUGCGAAAUCGGGCCGUUGGGGCCUAAAGCAUGAGGGGCGAGAGGCGUGGACAGAUGGUGUGUUGGUGGUGUUCAAUCAGUUCUCUGUCAGGGUGCGUGGCUGCACAUUCGUCAAGGCGCCUCUGCAGCAGUGGUUAUUGCUUUCGCGACCGCUGCCAGCUGCCAGAAUUCAGUCCAGGAAAACACGGUCUGGGUACGGUACGGUAUCCAUCCGGAUCGCUGGUCGCUAGUCCCACCCAAGCAAGGUCCCGCCCAAGGGCCCGCCCCACGUGGCUCCUCGUGAUGGAACAUGGCAAGGGGCAGGAAAGCGUAGUCCCGAUGUGUGUGGCUCCCACCCGUGCCCACAUAAAUGCGUAGCAAGAAGGGACAAGGCAUUGGUGCGUCGUUCGCGCGCUGUUACUGUACCGACGGUAGCUGGCAGGUUGUGUCGAUGUUUUGCUGACGCGCAUUCCUCACGCUCCGGGCGCCCGGCCAAGGCGAUAGCACCACACAGACUCAAUGCGACGCCACACCGCGCGGAUAGCAUAGCCGAUGCGCACCUGCAGGCAGUCGACCGGCGUCCACGGAUGAGCUGUGUAGACGAGCACUAGCGUAAUGCAACGGCGUGCAGCAAAACAAUGGCCGGGCGACAGUGUGACAAGCAGGGGCAAGAACAAGGCGAAGCAAAGCAGAAGAGGGGCCCGAAUGUGUACGACAAUUGUGGCGGGCAGGCCGAAUGCGGUGCAAUACGCCAACAACACAACCGGAGGUGAGGAAGCGUUGCUGAUGGUGAGGAUAGGUGCUGCGACGUUCGGUAGGGGAGCUGUGGCCGCGCACUAGAUGGGAGGAAGUUUCCGAGGUGUUGUUUCCGAGGCAUUGUUUGUGGCUGAUGUUUGUGGCUGAUUAAGAAAGAAGCAGAGUUUCGGCUGUGAGCGGCUGGCGAGGAGAGGCGGGGGCUGUUGCGUUUUGGAAGGCGGGCGGAAGGCCGCACACGCCGGGAGUCGGGCAGGCUGUAGAUUUCGCUGAAG